AUGGGUCAACGCCAAACCACAAAGAAGGACACAGGCCUUCACCAAUCUCUCAAUCUCAAGCAACUUGCUCAAGAAACAGAUUCUUCAACGAGUAUUGACAUUGUUGAUUGUUUUGACAUGAUUGAGAAUCGAGUUUAUAUAGAAAACUAUUGGCAAAAUAUUGAAUUGAAAGAAAACAAGAAAGAUUUGAAGGAAAUUUCCAAAGAAUUGCAAAAAACUGACAUUUUUGAAACUCAAAACGAAAUCCAAAAAUGUGUUCAAGAUUGUUAUCUGUUUCUAAAACCAAGUGAGAGAGAACCAUUUUACAAGGCAAUUGAAAAUAUCGUUCUCCAUGGCAAUCACCUUAUUAAAGUUGGUAAAUUGGGAGUUGAACUAUUUACUGAUAUUUUAAAUCAAGUCAACCAAGGAUCAUAUGAAAAGAGAAUGAAUGCAAUUUACAAGUUUUGGGAAGAUUACUUUGACAAUGCCAAAUAUUUAACUAAACUUGAAACUUCCAUUAAACAUAUGGAGAAUAUUCUGAGAGCCAAAGCAAAGAAAUACUUUUGGGCAAGUAUUAUUUUGGGAGUUGUGUCCAUGGUUGGUUUGGUUGGUUUGGGAAUUGCUGCAAUUACAACAGUGAUUGGUGCCUUUGUGGGUGUUCCUAUUGUGGCUGGAGUUGGUGUGGUCAUGGCAGUUGGAUGCAGUGUGGCCAUUCCUGUGGUCAUGAACUCUUGCAUGGAAGCCACUGAAGUCAGUUCAUUCGCAGGCAAUUGGGAAGAUAAAUUGAUGGAAAGCAAACAAUGUUUUAAGAAUGCAAUGGAAAGUUCAGAAUUUACCAGAGCUGAAAAGACCACCAAGGAUUAUGAAAAUGCCAACAAGUUGCCAAAGAUUGAAGAAUGUGAACACUUGAUUAAUAUCUUUUAUCAAUUGAGCAAGUAUGGAACAGCAUUGAAAGAAUGUGUCAUUUAGAAUAAUUAAAUCAUUUUGGAAAAU